AUGGUAUCCAAACCCUCUCUGACCGAGGAUGAUUUCUCCUGUCCUGUGUGCUUCGAUGUCUUCAUGGAGCCCGUUCUCCUGGCCUGCUCUCACAGUGUCUGUAAGGGCUGCCUGCACACCUUCUGGCAGCAGCGAGGAGCUCUGGAGUGUCCCAUCUGCAGGACGGUGUCCUCCAACCCCGACCCCCCGGUAAACGUCGUGCUCCGCAACAUGUGCGAGGCCGUACUGAGGGAGCGCAAUCGCAGGAUGUCGGUGGAGAUGGAAGGUCUCUGCAGUAUACAUCACAAAGCUCUUACUUUCUUCUGCGUCAAGGAUCAGAGGCCCCUGUGCACCAAGUGCAGGGACUCCAGACUUCACAGCAGGCACACCGUCUGCUCCAUUCAGGAGGCAUCACGAGAUCUGAAGCAAGAACUUCAGAAGAAGCUGAAGCCCCUUCAUGAAAAACUAAAGAUUUAUGAUGACUUUAAACUUUCCUGCGUUAGAACCAAAGAGCACAUUGAGAAACAAACCCAGAACACAGAGAUCCAGAUCAGAAAUGAGUUUGAGAAGUUUCACAAGUUCCUCUGGGAUGAAGAGGCAUCCAGGAUCAAGGCACUGAGGGAAGAAGAGGCACAAAGAACUCUGACGCUGAAGAAGAUCAUUGAGAAGACCACGCUGCAGAUAUCGAGUGUCCUGGAAACCAUUAAGGACAUUGAGAAGGAUCUAGCCGGAGAUAACUUGCCAUUUCUUUUGAACUACAACUCUUCUGUUGAAAAAACCCAGGGUAAACUAGAAAAUCCAGAGAGGCUAUCUGGAGUGUUGAUCAACGUGGGAAAACACUUGAACAACCUGCGUUUCCAAGUGACAGAAAAGAUGCAGGACUUGGUGCAAUACACCCCUGUUGCGUUUGACCCCAACACUGCCCACGCUGGCCUUUUAGUGUCAGAUGAUCUGAUGACCGUGACAUAUAAAAGCGUUCAGCAUCAGGUUCCCACUAACUCUGAAAGGUUCGACGGCUUGAUGAGCAUCCUCGGAUCUGAGGGUUUCACUUCUGGCAAUCACUGCUGGGAGAUCGAGGUGGGAGACAACACGGCCUGGGCUGUCGGAGUCAUCGCAGAGUCCGUAUAUAAGAACAGACAGAACCUGUCACGAUUCGGGUUAUGGUAUGUGGGUUUGGGUAAUGGCAGGUACGCUAAAGGAUUAGCUACUGAUAUUCUGAGUCCACUGAAGGUUAGCAAGAAGAUAGACAGGAUCAGAGUUCAGCUGGAUAUGGACAAAGGCAAAGUGAUUUUUACAGACACGGCUCAUAACACCUGCCUGCACAUGUUUAAACAACAUUUUAAUGAGAAAGUAUUCCCUUAUUUUUAUACUAAUGACAAACUCCAUCCUCUGAAAAUAUUACCACUGAAGUCCAGUGAAACGGCUUAGCCUCAUGGUUAGAGGUAGCAGAGGACAGCAGCACUAUAAUGCAACAAUAAUAUAACUGUAAUUUAAUCCAAAUGUGUUUGAUAAUCUAAACCUGUAUUUGUAUUAACUGAUUUUAUUGUAAUGUUUUGUUCUGUGUUUUGUUUUGUUACUUCAUUUACUACUUGUUAAAAACCCGAUUUGCUGUGAUAUCUGUUCUUUAUUUUAUAUAUUUAAAGCUUUUA